AUGGGUCGAACCGUCGACCAGGAAGUGCACGCGGCGUUUGUCGAGUUCCGCGCCAAGGAAGAUGACAAGUGCCUCUCCGUCCAGUGUAUCUACUGCCAGCAGAUUCGUGCAAAGAAUACCUCGCGACAGAAACAGCAUCUUCUCGAGUGCCCCGGUCUUCGUGGUCACCCCAACGCGCCCCAGCCAAACCAACCCUCUCAGGCUCCCAAUGGCAUCGGCCCUCCCAAUGGCUACCCCGGCACCCCCAGUGGCCCGACGGCCACUCCAGGCCCUGGUGGUCCCCCGACUAUGCCAACUCCCAAUGGUACCAUGAUGGCCAAUGGUGUCAACCCUCAUGCCACCCCGUUGCAGACCCCGCUGCAGAGCUUGAGCCGUCCGCCCAUGGCCACCCCGGGCCCGCCAACUGGUCCCCCCGGCUCUGCGCCGCCAUCCGCCGUGCCGUCGCGUCCUACCCCCAAGCCCAAGUCUAAGACCGCUGGCUCCAAUUUACCUGCGCCGCCGCUGGACGAUGUGCACGCGGCCUUUGUCGAGUUCCGCGCCAAGGAGGAGGACAAGUGCUUGUCUGUCCAGUGCAUCUACUGCCAACAAGUCCGCGCCAAGAAUACCAGUCGUCAGCGCCAGCACCUGCUCGAGUGCCCCACCUAUCUCAGUGUGAUGAAGGACUCGAUCCCCGCGAACAACCUGCUGCACACUUUCCCCGAGGGUGAUGUCGCACGGUCACUGCAGAUCCCAGCCCCAACACUCGAGCUGGACUUCCGCAUGAGCAUCAAGAUGAACCCCAAGGUCACUGUUGGUCAAAGCAUCUGGGGUGGUCGGGAAUGGGUCUCGUUCCUGGGUGGUCAGUGGGCUGGACGUUGGGGCAAGGGCAUCGUUCUGCCCGGUGGACAGGAUACCCAGAUCGUUACCAAAGACUACACUACCAACCUUCGCGCAAGCUACAUGCUGCAGACUGCUGAUGAGCCACCUGCAUAUGUGAUUGUCCGUGCUGAGGGAUGGCUCACGGGAGCCAAAGAUGUUCUUGAGAAAGUCAAUGACACCGCCAUGGCUGAUGGUAUCAACCCCAGCAGCUACAAGUAUCGCAUCAACCUGUCGAUGGAGACUGGUGAUGAGCGGUACACAUUCUUGAAUACCCUGAUGUGGGUCGGCAGUGGAUGCCGCCGCGGGCAAGAAGUCAUCUUCGAUGCAUUCCGUGUGAACUAA